GCGAAAAUUUCUUCGUCCAUGUAGAACAGGUGUUUCGUGUGUUAUUUGUGUUUCGUUACUGGUGUUUUUAGAAUGGGACAUUUUAAAUGGGUCGGAGGUCCAAUUCAAAAUGGGAAUACCGAAAAAUGUUGGCUCAAGUACUAUCAAGGCUUUGUAUACAAAAAGGUCCCCUUUAAUGUAGGAGACUUCGUAGCGGUAAUGCAAAAAGGAAAACUCCAGAUUGGCAAAUUAACCAGCUUGUUCCAUUCCUCUGAAAAACGGCACCUACCAAAGGAACACAGGGGAAUUGUGCAACUUUAUAAACGAGUGAAAGAUUUAGACUUCAACAUCUGCAAUAGCUAUAAGAACUUACGAGGAAACUUUGAGAUAAUUGAGACUGCACUUAAAUUAGCAAAUACAAUAUGUUUAGAAGAAAUAAUAGAGAAAUGUGAUGUUGUUUUCCUGAAGAUUGAUGAUCCCAUAUUCCAAAAUGAAAAACAUGACACCUACUGUUGCAGAUAUAAACAAGUACGUAAUACGCUUGUGCCUGUUUUAAAUAACUUUGAUACAACUUGUCGUAUACCUGCCAAUAAAGAAAAUAUCGUAUCAUGCGCAAAUUCGCCUACCAAACGGAAAUUGUCUAUAUCUUGUGACACACAUGUAGAACUAGAUACAAGUCCUUCGAAAACUAUGCAUUUAACUCCGAAUAAAGUUCAAAGCCCAGUUAGUCCCACAAAAACUGUUAAAUUAACACCAGAAUGCCAAAACAUGGACUUUCUGGAACCAACAUUAAGUAGAUCUGUUAAACGAGUUUUGGUUGACUCCUUCGAUGAAGAGUUAAGUAAUGUGUGCUAUUCGGUGAAAAAUUUGCAAUGUCACGAUGGUAUAAAGCUGACAUUAGUUAGUGAAAAUGAUGUUAAAGUAUUUCCGACCCAAUUGACAUCAGAAGUUAUGAACAUGAAAUCGCCUAUUAAAAUUAACUCAGUUAAACAAGUGGACAAUCAGAUACAAUUAUCGGAAAUAGGCAAAAUGGAACUUCGAAAGAGAAAGACUAUUGAAGAGAAUAGCUCAACCCCAAAACAAACGCCUGCGAAAAUUUCGUUGAGACGUUCAACUAGAACCAUGGAAAGGAAGUCGUAUGCUGAUUUUUUCUCACCUCCUUUACAGAAUGCGAGUAUCACCAAAAAUGAUACUCCGGUUAGGCGAAGUAAACGUACUACGAAUACUCCAAAGAGGUGUUUUGGUCAUCUAGACGAAUCAGGCACACAGAAGGUAAAAUCUACACAAGCUGAAAGUUCACCGAGCAUUCACUUAAAUGGAGAAGUAACUCCAUCUACUAGAUCUAAACGAUUAAUUAAAAGAUCUACAAAGUACUCUGAAGAAACAUAUGAAAGUACACCCAAGAAACAUUUUAGUGUCGACGUGGAGUCAAGUCCAUCUACGUGGAGUACACGAGCAAGGAGAAAAUCCGAAGUACGUACACCAAAAAAAUAUAACAGUGACAUUGAUUUUCUGUCUGACGAAGAGGAUUUUGAAAAGAAAUCGACAAAAAAUAUUAAAAAUGUAGAACCUAAAACUCCCAAAAGAUUUAACGGCACCCCUCUGACAAAGGAUACCCCCACUAUUAGGGCGCGAAUGGUGAGAGAUGGCACAAUCACACCAUCAGUGCAGGAUAGAAAGGUAGCAAUUCUCAAAAAUAAUACUCCAUUGUCGAAUGCGAGGCACAAAUUGCACGUUUCGUAUUUACCCCAAGCUUUAGCAUGCAGAGAAAAGGAGUUUCAGGAUAUUACAAAUUUCUUAGAGGGGAAAUUAUUGGACGGCUGUGGAGGCUGUAUGUACGUUUCCGGUGUUCCCGGAACUGGUAAAACUGCAACGGUCACCGAUGUGAUGAAGACCUUGCAACAAUCGGCCAGAAAGAAACUCGUACCAGCAUUUCAGUAUAUUACUAUUAAUGGGAUGAAGAUCAGCGAACCUCGCCAAGCUUACGUAGAGAUCGCGAAGCAGUUGAUGGGUAAAACGCUACGUUGGGAGGAGGCUCAGUCAAUGUUGGAAAAUACUUUUGUUAACUCCAAAAGAAAGAAUGCUAUCAUUCUGGUUGUGGAUGAGCUUGAUCUCCUAUGUACAAAGCGACAAGAUGUCGUAUAUAAUUUAUUAGAUUGGCCCACUAGAACCAAUGCACGAUUAAUUGUAAUAACCAUCGCAAACACCAUGGAUUUACCUGAAAGACUGCUAAUGGGAAGAGUAACGAGUCGAUUGGGUUUAACUCGGCUUACUUUUCAGCCUUACACUUACAAGCAAUUACAAGAAAUCGUUACCAAGAGAAUUAUGGGUACCAAUUCUUUCGAUCCAGAUGCUGUUCAACUUGUUUCAAGGAAGGUGGCUUCUGUUUCGGGGGAUGCAAGACGAGCUUUAGAUAUCUGUAGAAGAGCGGCGGAAAUCGCCGAAAACGAAGGUGAACAUAGUCUCGUAUCAUUGAACCAUGUUAAUCAGGUUUUGAACGCCAUGACAUCACAACCUAAAGUACUAGCAAUAAAAUUGUGCUGUCGAUUGGAAAAACUCCUUCUGCAAGCAAUAGUUGCUGAGGUGGAACGUACUGGCAUUGAAGAAACUAGUUUUGGCUCAGUGUAUAAAAUGCUGUCCACUGUCGCAAUUUUGGAUGGUUUUCAAAUGGUGCCCCGAGCAACUGCAAUGAGAUCAGUUGCAAGGUUAGGUGCGUCACGAUUUCUUUUAAUUGAUAAUAAAUGUAAUAAUAUUUACAAUCAACGAAUAAUGUUAAAUAUUAGCUCUGACGAUGUUCAUUAUGCUUUGUCUAAUAUUGUCAUUUAGUUUUGUUUUAUAUGUCGAGUAGUUUGUUUAAUUUUAGAUUGAAUGUUAUGGCGUUACUAUUUAAUUUUUAUUUAUUUUAAUUUGUGAUGACAAGACGCAGAGUAUUUUAAGGAUCAACAGCUGUGAAAAA